AUGCGUGUGUGCUCUCGGAAGCGAUACGUCUUCACGUCAACGGCUGUACUUCAACGUGUACACUUGCCAACACCAGAGCGCUGUGUUGAACGAUGUGUUGAAAAUAUGUCAUUUUGCAAAGCGGCCGUAUAUACGCCUUAUAAAGAUACGUCGAUUGGUGUUUGUACGUUGUUUUCGGAAAACAGCGUUCAGCAGCCGACAGCUCUUCACCCCGAUGCAUCCGUGGAACCGGUGUCAACUGUUCACGAACUUCUGGAGAGUUGUCCGCAAUUUUCACUACCUGAAAUAACAUAUAAGAUCUCAUCGAAUCAUCGAAGAAAAUUGGAGUCCAGCUUGGAGAGGAUCGCAUUAGACGAAGAGCUUCGAUCGGAUGCUUUCUUUCCGGAUCAAUUUGUUGAAGAUAGUGAUCGUCAGACAUCGGAUCGAUACGCG